AUGACAGAUGUCAAUGGAAUUGAUAUUCAGUCAGCAUCAUCGCCUAGUCAUGAUGAUGAAGAUGAUAAUAAAUAUACGAAUAAUUCAUUUCUAUUGAAUCAAAGUAGUGUACCAAUGGAUGUUGAUAUGGACGAUGAAGUCGUCACAGGUACAACAGCGAAAGCGAAUGGAUAUAGUUCGAGAGAUCCGAUCGAGAAUGGAAUGAUUGAUGAACAAGAGAAAAAAGAAGUUGUUCGCCUUGGAAAUCCUGUUUUAAAUAAAUCAUUCGAUGUUUUGCCACAAGUCAAAGACGAUCAACUACCUUCGAUUGAUCCUACUGUAGACAACACUAUUGAAAAUAGCAAUACACUUGAUACAACAGUUGAAUUACCAACCAAUGAAUUAGACGAGAAAAUUUCUCCAUCACAUAUAUCAAAAUUUAUGAGUGAUGAGGCUGAGCCAAUCGGCAACGCUCAAGAACUUUUAUCUAAUCAAUUUUCCCUCGAAUAUCCAUAUGUGAUCCCUCAACCACAAGAAAAUCUACCAAGUUCAUCACCGCCACCACUACCACCACAGCCAGCAGCAGCAGCAGCAGCAGUAGCGGCGCCAAAUUCCCUUGAGUCAGUGGCUGAAUUGACAAAAAACAUGAAAUUAAAUAUGACAAAGAUAUUCGAGGGCCAAGAGCCUUCAACACCAACAUUUAAUCCAGAGAAAACAUUUGAUACGAAUACAUUCGUUUUAAAAAAGAAAGAACGACGGAAAGCGACAACACCAGGCACAGACACAAGUUUCAAUGCAGUUAUGGAAGAUACUACACCAGAUUUAUGCAACAAACAAUCGCCGUUCAAUACUCCGACAGCGUCAUUGGAUGCAGCUAUAACCUCGCGAGCACCGACGGCAAAUUCAACUUCGUCACAACAACCCACGAUGGAUCCUACACGAAUCAUCGAAUGUGUCGAACAAUAUUAUCGUAUACUCUAUCGUGUAUGCGAAUGUACAGAAGAAUUAAAGCAUGAAUUACGACAAGUGAAGAACGAACGUGAUCAAAUGAGUGAAGAUCUCAUCAAUGCAGAAAAUGCCUAUGCGGAUGUUAAGAAACGUAAUGAAAAGUUGAAACUAAUUAUCAAUGAACAUAAAAUGAAUACCGAAACAUUGAAGCGAUUCUCAGAAGAAUCCGUUCGUUAUACCGAAGAACAAAAACAAAAAUAUGCCGUGCUAAAACAACAUGCACAAGAGAAGCUGAACGAAGCUAACAGUGAAAUCGAACGCUUGAGACGAACUCAAGCAUCAGAAAUGGAAGGUGUUCAAACGCAAUUACGUUACGCGCAGCUUCGUGUGCAAUCGCUCGAACAAGAAAUGAAAUCUGUCAAACAAGAACUUGAACAAAAGAAAAAAGAAAACAUUGAAUUGACAAACAUUUGUGAUGAACUAUUAGCAACUAAUAAAAGAUAG